ACUUCUGCCGGUCUUCCGCGGCAGAACCGAGGCCGGUCGGUGGCUGUCGGGGAAGAAACACGGCCAUAAAGGGCUAAAAAAGCCCCAAAGCCGCGCUCUGAGGGCGGCGGGGGAGGCUGGAGACCCUCCGCGGGACCUGUGCGGGAGGGAGAGCGGCCGUCACAGGCAGCGGGCAGGGCGGCGGGAUAGAGGUGGGGGCGGCCGGUCUCCGUCUGUCCCCGUCCCCGUCCCACAGGUGCCGCCGAGCCGCGGGGGCCCCCGGGCGGCCUGCACGUCGCGGCCCGGCCGGCAGGAGGAAGGAAGAGGAAGUGAGAGCGGCGGCGGGGAGCCGGUGGCGCCCCGGCAUGGGAUAGCGCCGGCACAGCGCUCCGGGGACGAGGAGGAGGAGGAAGGAGAAGGGGUCUGGCUGGCCCCGCUGCCCGCCACUGGAGGGAGAGCUAACGCAACCGGCUGGCUGGCCCCCGAGCAUGGUGUGGAGCAGAUAGAGGAGCUCCCUAAAAAUUACGGAACCUCCUGCAAGAAACCAUCUUGUCACAAGGAAAGCUGGAAAACUGCUUCUGAAGGAGGAACAUUUCAAUCAACUGAAGUGAAGACAUAUGUGAAAUUAAACAAUGCAAAAUCUAAUCCUUCUGUAGACGACCAAUCUUCACAUUAGUAAAUAAGAUUAGCUGUUUUAUGUGAAAUCUGCCCUUCAGAUUUAAGAGACCAUAAAACUGAUAAAUCUGGUUGAGACCAAGUUGGAAACUGUUUUUUGCUACGAGAUCAAAAAUGAAGAUUUGACUUCUAGUAGGUGUGAAUGAGAGAGGCUCUCUGCAGUAUUUAGUGUCCAGUUGUACUGGCUCCGAAGAACAGCAGCGUCGCAAUGCCCCCUCCUGCUGAUAUAGUGAAGGUGGCGAUCGAAUGGCCAGGUGCCUUCCCCAAGUUGAUGGAAAUUGAUCAAAAAAAACCACUGUCCUCAAUAAUAAAAGAAGUCUGCGAUGGGUGGUCUCUUGCAAAUCAUGAUCAAUUUGCACUGCAACAUGCUGAUAGUUCUAACUUCUACAUCACAGAGAAGAAUCGUAAUGAGAUAAAAAAUGGAGCAAUCCUUCGGUUAACAACGUCUCCAGCUCAAAAUGCACAGCAGCUCCAUGAAAGGAUCCAGUCUUCUAGUAUGGAUGCAAAGUUAGAAGCACUGAAAGACUUAGCAAACUACUCACGGGAUGUUACUUUUGCCCAAGAAUUUAUAAACCUAGAUGGCAUUUCUCUCCUAACACAAAUGGUUGAAAGUGGCACAGAACGAUAUCAGAAAUUGCAGAAGAUAAUGAAGCCCUGCUUUGGAGAUAUGUUGUCCUUUACACUGACUGCAUUUGUUGAGCUGAUGGAUCAUGGGAUUGUAUCGUGGGAUACAUUCUCUGUGGCAUUCAUUAAAAAGAUAGCAAGCUACGUGAACAAGUUUGCCUCGGACAUCUCUAUCUUACAACGGUCGCUAGCAAUUCUGGAAUCGAUGGUGCUCAAUAGCCAUGACCUGUACCAGAAGGUGGCACAGGAGAUCACAAUUGGACAGUUAAUCCCACAUCUCCAAGGGACAGACCAAGAAAUCCAGACAUAUACCAUUGCGGUAAUAAAUGCACUUUUCCUUAAAGCACCAGAUGACAAGAGGCAGGAAAUGGCAAACAUUUUGGCACAAAAGCAGCUUCGCUCCAUCAUCCUAACUCAUGUUAUCAGGGCACAGAGGGCCAUCAAUAAUGAAAUGGCACAUCAGCUUUAUGUUCUCCAAGUACUUACCUUUAACCUUCUGGAAGACAGAAUGAUGACAAAAAUGGAUCCACAGGAUCAGGCUCAACGGGAUAUCAUAUUUGAACUGAGAAGAAUUGCAUUUGAUGCAGAAUCUGAACCUAACAACAGUAGUGGCAGUAUUGAGAAACGCAAAUCCAUGUAUACACGAGACUAUAAAAAACUUGGAUUUAUUAAUCAUGUAAACCCAGCAAUGGAUUUUACACAGACUCCUCCAGGAAUGCUAGCCCUUGACAAUAUGCUGUACUUUGCUAAACAUCACCAGGAUGCUUAUAUACGGAUUGUCCUGGAGAACAGUAGUCGAGAAGACAAGCAUGAGUGCCCAUUUGGCCGAAGUAGCAUUGAGCUGACAAAGAUGCUGUGCGAAAUACUGAAAGUAGGAGAGCUGCCCAGUGAGACCUGCAACGAUUUCCAUCCCAUGUUCUUCACCCAUGACAGAUCAUUUGAGGAGUUCUUCUGUAUCUGCAUUCAGCUCUUGAACAAGACAUGGAAGGAAAUGAGGGCAACUUCAGAGGACUUCAACAAGGUAAUGCAGGUAGUAAAAGAACAGAUAAUGAGAGCACUCACUACCAAGCCUAGCUCACUGGAUCAGUUCAAGAGCAAGCUUCAGAAUCUCAGUUACACAGAAAUACUGAAAAUACGUCAGUCUGAAAGAAUGAACCAGGAAGAUUUCCAGUCUCGUCCAAUUCUGGAACUAAAAGAGAAGAUUCAGCCUGAGAUCUUAGAACUGAUCAAGCAACAACGUCUUAAUCGACUUGUGGAGGGUACCUGCUUUAGGAAACUCAACAGUCGACGUCGACAAGACAAAUUUUGGUAUUGUCGACUUUCGCCGAAUCAUAAGGUGUUGCACUACGGAGACUUAGAAGAAAGUCCCCAGGGAGAAGUCCCUCAUGAUUCAUUGCAAGAUAAAUUGCCAGUGGCAGAUAUAAAAGCUGUUGUGACUGGGAAAGACUGCCCUCACAUGAAGGAGAAAGGAGCUCUUAAACAAAACAAGGAAGUGCUAGAGCUUGCGUUCUCUAUAUUGUAUGAUUCAAGUGGCCAGUUGAAUUUCAUUGCUCCGGACAAGCAUGAGUAUUGUGUAUGGACCGAUGGGCUGAAUGCCCUUCUUGGGAAGGAUAUGUUGAGUGAUCUAACGCGGAACGACUUAGACACGCUGCUCAGCAUGGAGAUAAAGCUACGCCUCCUUGACUUGGAAAACAUACAGAUCCCAGAUGCUCCCCCACCUAUCCCAAAGGAGCCCAGCAACUACGACUUUGUUUAUGACUGUAACUGAGGCUGCCAUUGAAACUUGCUUCGAAACUGGAAAUAUUAUAACUGGAGAGAUAUUAAAAAAAAAAAAAAAAGGAAAGAAAAGAAAAGAAGAGUUUGUGAGAAAAAAAGAAAAGCCGGUUGUGCGCCUUGGAUUUUGGCUUUGGGGAGGAGUGUAGAAACACUUGCAUUCCUCCCUGUUCCCUGCAUCCCAUCCUUCCCCAUUCCCAUCUUCCCCAUUGCUCAUCCAAAUUCACAUUGCUUUAAUUAACUUUUAAUUGCAGGCCAGUGGCCUUGCUUAAGGCAAAGACUGCCACUAAGAAGCACCCUCCCAAGGACUUUUUUUACAUUUUUAAUACUGGAAUAGACAUUCUUAACUAAAGGACGAUGUUAUCAAACUGCAUGCCUGUGACACCCACUUGGCAGGGCAGAGGCUUUAACUGGAAGGAGGGGGGAGGUAGGGAUCAGAAGCAGCUACUGUAAGCAGAAGAUUUCCCCAGGCACUCCCAAGAGUCUGCUCACAACUGAAUCCAAUGCAAUGACAAAAAAAUGUUAACUGCUUCCCAGUACUCACAGCAUUCGUCACUGUCAUUGUUCUUUCCACUGCCAUCUCAAUUCUCGUCACCAGCCUUCACCCAACUGAUCGGCUCCCACAAUGGAAAGUCUGCAGGUUUUUGCUGUACUAUACGCUGCAAUGCUGCAACAGCUUUUAACUUCUUUUCCUCCCAGCUCUUAAAUAGCCCUACACUAGCAGAUCACUAGUACGAACUGUGUAUGAAGCCACCAUUGUGUCCUGUCCCUGUAGCAUUCUCUAAGCCUCAAUUGCCUCUAAAAUUGGCUUGUUGUUAUUCAAAGUGAUUUUUAUUUUCUUGGUCCAAAGUUCAAUAGUAAUUUCCACAAAUUAAUUAUAACUGCCAAACAUUCAGGUUUACAUUGUUGUCAUUGCUACAGUGUUAAGAAUUUGCAAGGGAUUUUUUUUUUUUUUUUGUACGGGUUCUAAUUUUUUAUUUUAUUUUGCCAAACAAAUAUAUUUAAAGAAAACUAAUUUCAUUGUGAGUACUUUGGGGGGGGGCAAUAUUUUUACUUAAUUUCCAUUUGGAACAUUUGCCCUGGAGGGAGAAAACAAUAUUCCCUUCAACUUUGCUGUUGAAUAAAAAUCUGAGUUGUGAUGAUUCUUGGAA